AAAGAAUGUUGUUGAUUAGAUAGUCCGCUCUCAUUCUAUCAACAUUUGGCUUAUUGUAAACAAGCCACUAAAGUUAAUUCUAUUUCCGAAAUCCGAACGAAUAGGGAACAUCGCAACGCCCAAUCUUCAAGCAAUGAGGGGCGAGAAGUUCUACGUAUGCUGUGCAUUACUUUUGUUGGGAUACAUUGCUUCUCCAAGCAGUGCGGCAUCAACCCCAGCACCGACAACGAAGCCCGCAAGUACAGGCAAACCCACUGGAUCCCCAACACCACCCAAGCCACCCCCACAGGAUCCUAACACGCUGCAGUGCACCGUAUUUAACCUGACACUGAAGCUGACAAACGCAACUUAUGAUGAAAGUUUAGCUUCUCCACAUUCGCCUCAGUUCAUCAAACUUAGAACAGAUUUCGAAGUUGGAGUUUUACAAGUUUAUGAUGGAUACAAGCCUUUCCUUGGUGUAACAACUUUGUUAUUCAGCAAAGCCCCAGAUGGCAAGACCAUUGUACACUUUGUGGUCGAGUUCAAAGACAACGGGACUCAUCUUCCAAACCUGACUAAAGCCAUAACCGCCGGCAAGCUUGGAAAGCUGACUCCAGUUUCUGUCGCUCCAAAACUUGGUCAGGCAGCAUGUUACAAGGAAAUACCCCCUGCGAUCUGCCAAAUUCCAUGCCCAUCGGCCUGUGCUCCUUCUUGCUACUCCAGCUGCUGCCAGCAGUACCAACAGCCCUACUACUAUCCUCAGGCUCCUCCUCCUCCUCCUCCCAUGCCCGUCACGUGCCCAAACAACUGCCCCAGUACAUGCGCACCUACCGGGUGUACUCCUGCCUGUUGCAACACAGUGUAUAACCAGCCUUCUUAUUCUUACGGAAAACGUCACCACGCCCCAAGACCAGUUAAGGGAACUAAGAAACACCACAUCUUUCGUAAACACCGCAAGCAUCACUAAAGAACGUGUGAAAUGAAAAGAACAGAAGGAGAGAGGAACGUUGGAGUUUUGUUUUUUUGUUUACUUUCACAUGCUCAUCUCGGUUCGACGCCUUUUCUGUGUUGCGCAAGGUAUCUCUAAUGCUCUCUUAAAAACAAAAGUUCAUUUUAAAGUACAUUUACCAUCAACAGCGAUCAACGAGAGCUAAAGAUUCGGAACGUACGAAAUCCUACGCUCUAAAACGCCCGUGAGACACUUCAAAAAGAAUGUGAAAAUAAAGAUAAAGAUUGAAUUCUUGAAUAGUUGUCAGCAGAAAUGAUUUGAGUUUGAUUUCAGCGAAAUAGGACAUUUUAUUUACUUAUGGACAGGACAUUUUAUUUACUUAUGGACCGGACAUUUACAGAAACCUAAUUCAAUGAAUUAUCAUAAAAAAAGGCUUUGUUAUUCCAAGGCCCAGAGGGACAGUUUAAGGCCCAGACGGACAGUUUAGCUUACUUUUAUUUUAUUGGGGCGUGAUAUUUUAAAUUGUAUCAUUUGUUUGUUUGUCGGUGAAAUGGAAAGUAGUUUAGUUUUCGCUUAUCGUAAGCAUUGUAAAUAAGGCACAGUGACGUCACGACUGAAAAUAAACAAUUCCAAAAUUUCA